GCUUCCGCAUCUCAGUCCGCCCACCGGAGUCACCGGAAGCGGAGGGAGCCGGGCGGGCAGGACCGGAGAGACCUAGAGACAGCGCAUUGCGCUGGGUGAUAACCGGAGCUGGGUUGUGCGAGGCCUAGCGGGAGUGCCCCGAGCUAAGAGAACGGGAGACAGCCUGAGAGAGCGCCACGCAGCGGCCGCACCGUGUGUGACACACCCCCAGCUGGCCCCGCGCUACCUGAUACUGUAGCCCAGCUCCACUCAGUGUUACCAACACCCAAGCGAUUGCCACCCCAGAUUCUCCUAUUGCCCCUCUCACCCGGUGACCUGCCCCGGUGCUCAGCCCCACACACCCCACUAUGGCAAAGAACACGCUGUCAUGGCGCUUCCGUAAACUGGACAUUGAUGAGUACGAUGAGAACAAGUUUGUGGAUGAGCAGCUUCAGGAGGAGCCGGCGGAACCGCAGGGCCCUGACGAAGGGGAGGUGGAGAGCCUGAUCAGGCAAGGAGAUUUGCUUCGUGCUUUCCACGCUGCAUUUCGGAACUCACCUGUUAACUCCAAGAAUCAGCUGGUAAAGGAACGAACCCAAGGACUUGUACUCAAGGUCUUGACGUCCUUCAAAAGCAACGAUAUUGAGCAAGCAGUGAAGAGCCUGGACCGAAAUGGGAUUGAUUUGCUCAUGAAAUAUAUCUACAAAGGUUUUGAGAAACCUACAGAGAACAGCAGCGCUAUAUUGCUACAGUGGCAUGAAAAGGCAUUAGUAAUAGGAGGACUUGGGUCCAUAGUUCGGGUUCUCACCUCAAGGAAAAGUGUGUAAAAGACUGUACUAGCUGAAUCCAGAAGUUGCGUUCCAGGCUCCAGCGCUGUGAAGGAAGGGUGGGUACAGUGACCCACCUGUCUGCAGAGUGCCGCCUAUCUAUUAAAACUGUUUUGGAAAAGUCACUUGGGAAUGCUUCUUUUUACCGCUAUGGACGAGAAAUGAAUGUAUGUUUUUAGUUGGGUAUGUUCUGUUACAGCACCAGUCCUCAAUCAGUGAUGGGAUUUACCAUUGUUGAAAUCCUAGAUGCCCGGCUUUAAACACAGGCUGCAGCAAGUUCCUACGAUACAGUGGUUUGUGGCCAAGUAACAGCGCCUGCAAUUAAUGAUCCCUAAAAUUCAUUUAUAUGUACCCACCCCUAGAAUCAAAGGAUUCCAAAACAAAUGAUGUGAUUACCAUGAAAAGGCACAGAACAGUAUAUAUUCAAAGUGAGAUGGGACUGGUGGCUUUUAUUUUGUUAACUUGUACAUACAGGAUUUUAGGAGUUGACUUCUUUUGAUCUUACUUGAAAUAACUAUUUUAAAGAUGUAAUGUUUUGGGGAUUUGGGAUUUGUGUUUGUGGUGUUCAGCCAUUGUCUAAGUUAAACUCACGGUUCCUCUGGGGUUGGUCUGGUUUUCUUUAUUCUGCAAAUCAGCACUGUAAAAGAGAACCGAACUUCCACAGUGACACUACUGUACUUAUACCUGUAAACUUUAUUAAAUUAGAGGUUUCAGGAG